AUGAUACCACAACAGCCCUUCCAAGAAAUUCCAUUCUCUAGUAUAGACGAAAAUAUUUUAAUUGGACAUGCUCAUAAUCAAGGAAACACAUCGGGAUGUACAGUGAUUUUGAGUAAAGAUGGAGAGGGCUUUCUGGCAGGAAUAGAUUGUCGUGGAGGAGGAACAUGUACAAGGGAGACCGAUUUACUGAAAACUGGAAUGCUUGUGGAGCAUAUACAUGCUUGUGUACUCUCUGGAGGGAGUGUCUUUGGACUCGAUUGCUCGUCAGGAGUGACGAAAUAUUUGUGUGAACACCAAGUGGGCUAUCAUACAGACGUGAUCAAUGUUCCAAUUGUUUGUCAGGCUUCUCUCUAUGACUUGCCAAUGUUUUUGCAUGAGGAAGAGGUCACGUCUCUUCCACACUCCAUUAAGGGAAAUUUACAUUUACUUCCAAAUUAUUAUGAAAUGGGUUAUCAAGCGUGUUGUAAUGCAACGAAUUGUAGUUCGACCAUACGAGAAAAUGGCCACCAUGAUCUGGAGUAUGAAAUGAAUGGAAAUAUCGGAGCUGGUAUGGGUGGAUGUAUUGGAAAAGCUCAAGGAACUGAAACAGCAAUGAAAGGUGGUUUGGGAACAUUUGCCAUUCAAGUUGGCGAUUUAAAAAUUGGUGCUCUUGUGGCAGUAAAUUGUUUUGGAGAUGUUAUUGAAAAUGGAAAAAUCAUUGCUGGAUGUCUGAAAAAGAAUAUUAAGAAUUUUGAACAACUUGAAUGCAUGAACACUGUCUGCGAUUCAAAUGAGUGUUCGUCUCUAUUUGCAGAUACUGAAAUGGUACUGAUCAAUGAGUAUUUGAAGAGAAAACAGGAUUGGAACGGUUUUGCCUUGAACGAAAGUAAGAAUGAAUGUGACCAAGAUAAUGAUUCUGGACAACAACAACAUUUCAAAGAACAACAACGAGCAUGCACAAACACCACAUUAGGAGUGGUCAUCACAAACGGUAAAUUUGACAAGGCACAACUCUCUAGAAUAGCGACCAUGGCACACGAUGGGUACGCCAGAUCCAUGAAGCCAUCUCACACUCUCUAUGAUGGCGACUCUAUAUUUGCUCUCUCCACAUACCGAGACACAACGUCAUCACAUGACGAACAUGCUCCAACGAACGUAGCAGGAGCUUUGGCUGCCUUUGUUGUGGAAAAGGCUGUUCUUAGAGCGGUGAAAAGUGCCAAAUCCACUGGAGGUUAUGUUGCGUAUUGCGAUUUGAACAAACUUCUGUCUUGA